AUGGCUACGACCAGAAGAACUAUUAGAGUUCUCAUGCUUCCAUGGCUUGCUCAUGGUCACAUAUGUCCAUUACUAGAGUUAGCCAAAAAGCUCUCUCAGAGGAACUUCCACAUCUUCCUAUGUUCAAGCCCUGUCAACCUUAGUUCCAUCAAAAUCCCUCUUGAAUAUUGUUCCACCAUUGAGCCGGUGGAGCUCCAUGUUCCACCUUUACCUGAUCUCCCUCCUCGGUAUCACACGACUAGGGGCUUACCGCCUCACCUCAUGUCGACACUCAGGAUGGCCUUCGACAUGGCGGGUCCCAACCUCUCCGUUAUCAUCGAUGACUGCAAACCCGAUUUGGUUAUCUUCGAUUAUCUCCUCCGGUGGGCACCCGAAGUCGCAAGGUCACGCGGCAUCCCGGCAGUCGGCUUCUCGACCGGGGCAGCAGGGAUGAACUCAUACAUAUUCCACUUUAUCAAGAGGCCGGACGAUGAGUAUCCAUUCAAGGAACUUUCACUUAAAGACUAUUGGAUAGCAAAGUAUAGGAACCAAAUGAAACAAGCACCGACGUAUUGCAUGGGUGCCACGGAAAAGAUCGUGCGAUGCAACGACCAAUCGGCUGGCCUAAUCUUCAUGAAGGGCAUCAGGGAAUUGGAGGGCAAAUACAUUGACUACCUAAGGGACCUUUCGGGAAAGAAAGUCGUGCUGGUCGGCCCUCUAGUUGAAGAACCUGUCCAAGAGGAUGGGAAUCACAUAAUUGAGUGGCUUGACCAAAAGGAAAGAUCAUCGACCAUAUUCAUCUCCUUUGGCACGGAGUACUUCCUCACGGAGAAGGAAAGAGAAGAGAUAGCCUUUGGGUUGGAGCUUAGCAAUGUCAACUUCAUUUGGGUGGUUAAAUUUUCGGUGGUAGAGAAUAUCAAGCUCGAAGAGGCACUUCCUGAGGGAUUUCUUGAAAGGGUGAGAGAUAGAGGACUAGUGAUAGAGGGAUGGGCACCCCAAACUAGGGUUCUAGCACAUCCAAGCGUUGGUGGAUUCGUGAGUCACUGCGGAUGGAGUUCGGUCAUGGAGAGCAUGAAGUUUGGAGUCCCGAUCAUCGCGAUGCCAAUGCAUCUCGACCAACCAUUCAAUGCGAGGCUCGUCGAGGACUUUGGGGUUGGAUUGGAGGUGAUGAGGAAUGAGAGCGGAAAGCUUGAGAGAGAGGAGAUUGCGGAGGUGAUCAAGGCUGUUGUGGUGGAGGAAGGUGGGGAGGGUGUGAGGAAGAAAGUCAAAGAAGUGAGUGUAGGUAUUAGGAAUAAAGGAGAUGAAGAGAUUGAUGAAGUGGAGGAUGCGCUCGUGAAGCUUUGUGUAGUGUAA